UUUUUAUGUUCCUGGUUCACUUUUUUCUUUCUUUCUUUCUUUCUAUCUUUCUUUUCAAACCUCAUCCAUUUUCUUUUCUUUCCUUUUUUUAUUGCCUAUUUUUUUCUUUUUUUCAUCCCUCCUUCCAAGUGAAGUGAUGACUAAGAGCCGCGCCCUGUACCUUUUAACAAAACCCCUCAGCUCCUGUUUAGCUGUGUGUGUCAACUCUGUUCUUUCCAGUGUUGGCUCUCUGUUUCUUCCCCUUUCCCCUCCCUUCUUCUCUUUCUUUUCGUCUGUUGCCCAUUUCCUCUUUUUCAUUUCUGAGUGUCCUUCCUCUUUGGGGCUGGAGUCGGGUAAAGGAGAAGUAGGAGACUUGAGGCAUGGUGUUCUUCUUCCUCCUGGCCUCCAGUCUCCACUCAAUGUCCCUCGCGUCGCGCAGCUAGCUGCUUAAACAAACGCUAAAGCACAGCCCCUUCAGGAACAUACAAGAAAAUCAUUCUGGGCGAAAAAAAAAAACAAAGAGUGGUCUACGGCCAGGGGGAUGACAUGCAUGUGUCCAGGCUGUUAACAACGUUGAGGAUUUUAAGACUAUUAGGCUGCCAGCACCCAAGCCAUGAUGGACAUACUGUACACAGGCCCUGUCCCGGCAGACCGCGAGUCUCCCAUGGCUCGCAGCGAGACGUCCCCCGGUCGGGCGCAGGGCUCGUCCCAGCGGCCCAACGCCUGCUGCUUCUGCUGGUGCUGCUGCUGUAGCUGCUCAUGUCUCACUGUUAGGAAUGAAGACGAAAUGCACGACAGGACAACGUCCCAGGACACCAAGCUGGAGACCAUACCAAACUGUGAACCUUGCCCCAAACCAACGAUAGAGGAGAUGCGGCUGUGGGCGCAGUCCUUCGACAAGCUGAUGAAGAACCCGGCGGGCCGCAACGUGUUCCGUGAGUUCCUGCGCACGGAGUACAGCGAGGACAACAUGCUCUUCUGGCUGGCCUGCGAGGAGCUCAAGAAGGAGCUCAACAAGAGCACUGUGGAGGAGAAGGCCCGCAUGAUCUACGAGGACUACAUCUCCAUCCUCUCACCCAAGGAGGUGAGUCUGGACGCCCGUGUGCGCGAGGGCAUCAACAAGAAGAUGCAGGAGCCCACGCAGCACACGUUUGAGGACGCCCAGCUGCAGAUCUACACACUCAUGCACAGGGACUCCUAUCCCCGCUUCCUCAACUCCUCCAUCUACAGGUCGCUGGUGCACACGGGUUCACGCUCCUCCUCUGAAUCGUAGACCCCCUCCACCCGGGACCCCCCCCCCCCCACCCACCCCCAAAACCUCCAGACCAACAUAUGGACCAGGUGUCGGCCUUGUUCGCUUGCGGUCCCCUCUGAUUUUUUUUUCUUCUUCUUUUGCCCCCGUCCUGAUCAUUUGUCCUCACCUCUGCCCCCUCCCCCACCACCGCCCAGGAUUGCAUUUUUUUUUUUUUUUUGCUUUCCUCGCCGUCAAGAAAGGACAUCUAGCCAGAGUCUCCACCUGUCUCUCUGACUCUCUCCAUUGCACAAACCACUAAAGGAGAAAACGUCAUCACUUUGGAUUUGUUUUGUUGUUUCCUUUAAAUAGAUUUUCUUUUUUGUCUGAGAGGAUUGGAUAUUGAUGGUUGUUGUGUCCGUGUUGCAUUUGUUGCCUCUGUUUGGAGAAGGUCUCUGUGGAUUUGCGAAAACUCUGCACAGACUCAACUGGAAGACACAGGGUCCUUUUGUGGAAGAAGUUCUUUUUUGUUCCUGUUUUCACGUAUCUUUUGUUGAUCAUUCCACUGCCUGUGGUUCCAGCUACUACAGCACCAACUACUGAUUUACAACGAAAAGAAACGUUUUUGUUUCCUCGUUUCAUUUCAAAACUGCAAAUGUGUGUAUAGACAUCUUUUUUUUUUUUGGUUUGUUUUUGGUUUGUUUUCUCCUGAUGUCACACGUUGAAGAGAGCCCAGAGACCCGCUGCAAUAAGACACUGGAGUGGACGCUGCCACACGCGGUCCCCGCCCCGUCACCAGGCAGGAGUUUCUCCCCACCUGCCGCUGCACUGUUUUCAGCUAGCUGUCCAGUCACACUCUACGCCUCAGCCACCGCCCAACAGAUCCUUACCCUCAGCUCAGCCUCACCUGUGCACUUCACCGCGUCACCACCAAUCCCACCCACCCACCCACAUGACCUGCUCACUGUCCAGCGCUGCUGUGAUUGGCUCCCUGAGGAGUGGGCAGAGCUAAGCAGGAGGA